UGCUUCUAGGAGCUUCUAGGCCUUGGUUAUUUUGCUGCCGCCUUUGCUACUACACCAGGUUGAUCGUAGAGAAAACCACCAAAAUAACAUUCGGAGAUGAUCAUGCCUGAGUAUCUCUUGGCCAGUGCAGAGCAGGAAAAAAGCGGUCCAAAGUGUAUCCGUUCCUCCUGUGGUCUGCUACUCUUUCUACUUUUUAUGUCAUUUCAAAAUGGAUCUUGCAAAGUGACCUGUUUACAGGACCAGACAGAAUUUCUGCCAAAUGAGGUUUUUCUACAAGUAAUCGCAAGUAACAGUGCAAUGGACGGAAUGAUGGAGGAAACGGAGGAAGCUGAUGAAAACUACAGUUUCAGAAAUAACGACAGAGACGAGUACGAUGAUGAUCAAUGCAAUCAUGGCGGAUGUUAUUACGCACGGGAUAUUGAAGCGGGUCACCGAUAUCCUUGGAAACUUUAA